AUGGCGGCGGCGGCGUUGCGCGGCGGCUGGUGCCGCUGUCCGCGGAGAUGCCUUGGGAGUGGCGUCCAGUUACUUUCCAGCCACAGCCUCCCCCAUGGUUCAGCCUAUCAGAUCCCCCGACCAGGCAGAGAGCUGCUAUGGUCCAAAUCAUACUCUUCCGGAAACAGAAAAGGCUUUCUGUCCGGCUUACUUGACAACAUCAAGCAAGAGUUAGCCAAAAACAAAGAGAUGAAAGAAAGUAUAAAAAAGUUCCGAGACGAGGCCAAGAAGCUGGAAGAGUCGGACGCGCUCCAGGAAGCCCGGAGGAAAUACAAAACCAUCGAGUCAGAGACGGUGCGCACCAGCGAGGUGAUCAAGAAGAAGCUGGGGCAGCUCACAGGGACGGUGAAGGAGAGUCUUGACGAGGUCAGUAGGAGCGACUUGGGCAGGAAGAUCAAGGAGGGGGUGGAGGAAGCUGCCAAGACGGCCAAGCAGUCGGCCGAGUCCGUGUCCAGGGGCGGGGAGAAGCUGGGCAGGACGGCGGCCUUCAAGGCCAUCUCCCAGGGCGUGGAGUCGGUGAAGAAGGAGCUCGACGAGAGCGUGCUGGGACAGACGGGGCCCUACCGCAGGCCCGAGCGGCUCCGGAAAAGGACGGAGUUCGCAGGAGAAAAGUUCAAAGAAGAGAAAGUGUUUGAACCCAACGCGGAGGCGCUGGGGGUCGUGCUGCACAAGGACUCCAGGUGGUACCAGCAGUGGAAGGACUUCAGGGACAACAACGUGGUGUUCAACCGCUUCUUUGAGAUGAAGAUGAAGUAUGACGAGAGCGACAACGUGCUCAUCCGGGCGUCGCGGGCCCUGACGGACAAGGUCACCAACGUGCUGGGGGGCCUGUUCUCCAAGACGGAGAUGUCGGAGGUGCUCACCGAGAUCCUGCGUGUGGACCCAGCCUUCGACAAAGACCGGUUCCUGAAGCAGUGCGAGAGUGACAUCAUCCCCAACGUCCUGGAGGCCAUGAUUUCUGGAGAGCUCGACAUUCUCAAAGACUGGUGCUAUGAAGCUACCUACAGCCAGCUGGCCCACCCGAUCCAGCAGGCCAAGGCCCUGGGCCUCCAGUUCCACUCCCACAUCCUCGACAUCGACAACGUGGACCUGGCCAUGGGCAAAAUGAUGGAGCAGGGCCCGGUGCUGAUCAUUACCUUCCAGGCCCAGCUGGUGAUGGUGAUCCGGAACCCCAAGGGGGAGGUGGUCGAGGGUGACCCGGACAAGGUGCUGCGCAUGCUGUACGUGUGGGCGCUGUGCCGGGACCAGGACGAGCUCAAUCCCUACGCAGCCUGGCGCCUGCUGGACAUCUCCGCCUCCAGCACCGAGCAGAUCCUCUGAGGCUGCGGCCACCAGGGAGCUCCAGGGCUGGACCAUCGCGGGCAGACGCCCAGGGGCGCCACCCGCCGCAGGCCUCUGGGGACAGGACUGUGUUCCCGGGCGGCUGCCGAGCCAGCCGGCCAAGCAAGCGCCGCGCUGCUGAGAGUGCCCGGCCACGGAGACAGAUGCUCUCCGCCCUCCGCAGGGCUGCCGGGACACCAGGGAGACGGCCACACAGUGCCAGAGGUCCCUGCCCCAGGACUCCCGGGGGAGGGGAGAGGGUGGUGGGACCCGGCCCACUGCGGCGCGUCCCCGGAGGCGUUAGCCAGCGCAUUGUAGGACGUUUUUAUUUUCAGUGCCCUUACUUGCUGUACGUAAGCCUGAGAUUUGGAAACAAUAAACACCAAAGCGCAGACCGCA